AAUAUUAUGGUUUCGGAAACUACAACGAACGGACCGGACGGACUCCAAAUGGUGGAAGUCCACCAGUGUUGAAGAUGUCGACGAUAUUUCAAAGAAUCAUUACACACGCUUACGCAACAAUGGUGAUGGCUUUCUUCACCCUGUUGACCAAAAAAAUACUUUAAACCAUCACACAAUCUUCUUAAAUCUCUUAAACCCCCCUUUUCCCUUUAUUAGUUAUCUCUAAAACUUGAAUUUCUCUUCGUUCAAGAAAGCUCUACGCCAUGGUUUUGAUCAAGGAAUUCCGGAUUGUUAUGCCGUUGUCGUUAGAAGAGUAUCAGGUAGCUCAGAUGUAUAUGGUAAUGAAAAUGCAGCAACAGAACACUAGCAGCACUGAAGGAGUGGAUGUUUUAGAGAAUAGAAACUUUGAAGAUGGUUUAUUUGGAAAGGGUCGAUACACAUCCAAAGUCUACCGCCUCCAAAGUAAGGCUCCUACUUGGCUUAGUAGUUUUGCGCCAACCGAUGCUCUCACGAUGCAAGAGGAAGCUUGGAACGCAUACCCGAGAUGCAAAACAGUAAUUAAGUGUCCAUAUUUCACAAGUUUUACGUUGACCAUCGAAACAAUUCAUAGAGCCGACAAUGGACAUUCAGAAAAUGUUCACGGUCUAAACAAACAACAAUUAGCUGACCGGGAGGUUGAAAUCAUUGAUAUAGCUUCAACAUCAGACGACUAUUGGAGUUACGUAAUUGGUAGUAACACUGUCGACUUUUCCAAAUUCCAGUCAUCAAGAACUGCUCGUGGCCCGCUUUUAGAAGGAUGGCAGGAUCAUUGUAAACCGGUUAUGACCGCAUAUAAAUUGGUGACAGUAGACGCUCCAUAUUGGGGUUUUGGUAGUCGGCUCGAGCAAGCUUUAAUUGCGGGCGAAAGGGCGUUGUUUCUUGAAAGCCAUCGUAAUUGUUUUGCUUGGAUAGAUGAAUGGCAUGGCAUGACGGUGAAGAUGAUGUGUGAUAUCGAAAAACAAAGUAUUCCGCUGUCUCACGAGGGGGAAUUGGGACGCUAAUUGUUGAUACAAUGUUAUUUGUAGGAGAGUCUUUCGAGCCCGUUCUAGUUGCUUUUAUGAUGAACAAACCACGGUCGCAACAAACGGUUCUUUUUGACCAAUGGGUUUCGUCGGUUUAAGCAAGGGGACGACAUGGUAACUUGGGAUCUUUUAUUUGAUUCUCGUAGAUAGUUGCAUAUUUUUUUCUUUCUUUACAGAAAACAAUUCAUACGUAUAAAGGUUUUCGAUUGCAAGACUAGUCACUAGGGAAAUGUCGAUGGAAAUGUAAAAGUUAUUCCGAUUCGGAACACGUUUCAUUCAGUCGUGAUACGAUGUUUUGUUCUUGUUUUUCUAUGGUAUAUGAUUAAAUCAAACAAAGUAC